AUGUCUGUCUCUUUCGCUACUCCUUUGGCUUUCACCAUCCUCAACUCCCUCUUCGAGGCUCGCUCCUACGUUGCCGGUUUCGAGGUCACUGACAAGGACACCGAGGUCUUCAACGCCUUGACCGAGGGCCCUAACGAGGCUGCUUUCCCCCAUGCUGCCCGCUGGUACAAGCACAUCGCCGAGGUCAAGGGUCUCGCUGCCAAGGGUGCCUCUGCCGCCGCUGCCCCCGCUGCCGCCGCUGAGGAGGACGAUGAGGAUGUCGAUCUUUUCGGCUCUGACGACGAUGAGGUCGAUGAGGAGGCUGAGAAGAUCAAGCAGCAGCGUCUUGCUGAGUACGCCGCCAAGAAGGCCACCAAGCCCAAGACCAUUGCCAAGUCCAUGUGCACCCUUGACGUCAAGCCUUGGGAUGAUGAGACCGACAUGGUCGCCCUUGAGGCUCACGUCCGUGCCAUCGAGAUGCCCGGUCUCUUGUGGGGUCAGUCCAAGCUCGUCCCUAUCGGAUACGGUAUCAAGAAGCUCCAGAUCAACUGUGUCAUCGAGGAUGAGCUCGUCUCCCUCGAUACCCUCGAGGAGAAGAUCAUGGAGGGUGAGGAUUUCAUCCAGUCCAUGGACAUGGCUGCCAUGCAGAAGAUCUAA